AUGGCGCCGCAAAAAAGAAAGACGGAAGACGACGACUUCGUCUACACCCUCUCCGACGACAACGAGGGCCGCGAGGAUCCCCUCGGACAAGAAGAGCUACCGCCUCAGCCGCCCAAGAAGAAGACCAAGACGGCAGCCAAGGCCAAGCCGGCCAAGCGCUCCAAAAAGGCGACCCAGAAAGCCUCUGAAGGAAAUGACGAAUCCCAAGAAGGGGGGAAAGAGGAUGCAAGCGAAGCCCCAGAGGGCCCCUGGGGACGUAAGGAUGGAGACGAUGGCGCCAUAGACUCCGACUUUGAGUUCCUAAUCGACCAAGGUGGUCUUGGCGGCGAUGAAGAAGAGGAGGACUUCGAAGGCUGGGGAUUCGAGGGUGCCAAGAAGGGCAUCUCCUCUAACAGGAAGAUUGUUGAUGUCGACGACAUAAUACAACGGCGAAGGAACAAGCAGAAGAACGACGACGACCUUGACGAAGAUGCCGUGGACGUCAGUAUGGAUGACGACGACGAUCAAGUCCUUGCCGAGGACGCCUUUGGCAUGAACAUGAGCUCCGACGCCGAGGAAUCUGGGGACGAGGCUAAGCAGCAAGACGAGGAUGACGACAGCGAUUCCGCUUCGGCAAGCGAUGAUGACUCGGUAGCCACUGACGACGGUGAAGAAGAUCCUGAAGAGCAAGCCAAGCGCGAUGCCUUUUUCGCCCCUGAUGACGGGCUGGGAAGAUCGGGCCAGAAGGGAGACCCCGCAUCGACCUUUAUGGCCUUGUCUUUGUCUCGGCCCAUUCUCCGGGGACUUGCGGCCGUUGGAUUCACCAAGCCUACUCCCAUUCAAGCCAAGACGAUUCCCAUUGCUCUCAUGGGCCGAGACGUCGUCGGCGGCGCCGUGACUGGCUCGGGCAAGACGGGAGCGUUCAUGAUUCCCAUCUUAGAGCGGCUGCUGUAUAGACCCAACAAGGUCCCGACGACUCGGGUGGUGGUUCUCACUCCCACCAGAGAACUCGCGAUGCAGUGUCACGCCGUGGCGAUGAAACUUGCCUCGCACACUGACAUCAAAUUCUCCCUCGCCGUUGGAGGUCUCAGUCUCAAGGCCCAGGAGGCGGAGCUUCGGCGGCGGCCCGACGUGGUCAUUGCAACACCCGGCCGAUUCAUCGACCACAUGAGGAAUUCGGCUAGCUUCAACGUCGACACGGUCGAGAUUCUGGUCCUCGACGAAGCAGAUCGCAUGCUGGAGGAUGGCUUUGCGGACGAGCUGAAUGAGAUUCUCAACACGCUACCCAAGUCACGCCAGACCAUGCUCUUCUCCGCCACCAUGACUUCGACGGUGGACCGCCUCAUUCGGGUCGGCAUGAACAAGCCCGUCAGACUUAUGGUCGAUGCGCAGAAGAAGACGGUGGGAACCCUGGUACAAGAAUUUGUUCGACUGCGUCCCGGCCGGGACGAGAAACGGAUGGGCUACCUCGUCCACCUGUGUAAAGUGCUGUACACUGAGAGGGUCAUCAUCUUUUUCCGGCAAAAGAAGGAAGCCCAUCGCGCGCGCGUCAUAUUUGGCCUGCUCGACCUGUCCUGUGCGGAGCUGCACGGCAGCAUGAACCAGACACAGCGUAUCCAAAGCGUCGAAUCCUUCCGCGACGGAAAGGUUUCUUACCUGCUGGCCACAGAUCUGGCGUCUCGUGGCCUGGAUAUCAAGGGCGUCGACACGGUUAUAAACUACGAAGCGCCCCAGUCCCUGGACAUCUAUGUCCACCGUGUCGGGCGUACUGCUCGUGCCGGACGAAGAGGCACGGCCGUCACUCUAGCCGCCGAGGGGGACAGAAAAGUGGUCAAGGCGGCCGUAAGGGCAGGCAAGGCGCAAGGAGCCAAAAUUGCCAGCCGAAUCAUCCCCCCCGCCGAUGCCGACAAAUGGCAGGACCGGGUUGACGACAUGGAAGACGAGAUGAAGGAGAUUAUGCAGGAAGAGAAGGAGGAGAAGCAGCUGGCACACGCAGAAAUGCAGGUGAUGAAAGGAGAGAACCUGCUGGAGCACGAGGCCGAGAUCAAGGGGCGGCCGAAACGCACGUGGUUCGAGACACAGCACGACAAGGAAAAGGCCAAGCUGGCGGGACGAGCCGAGCUCAACGGGGUCCGCGAGUCGAUGAAGAAAAAAGGCGGUGGCAAGCUGAGCAACAAGGACAAGAAGAAGCUGGACGCAAAGGCUCUCCGAUCCGAUGGCGAUCUCUGGAGGAAGGGGAAGAACAGCGGCGCGCCGGCUCCGGGCAAGGGCUCCAAGGCCGGGGGAGGGAAGCCGAGGGCGGCGCCGGACUAUAAAAAGCCAAACCGCUCAGAGCUGCAGAAAGACACUUGGAUGCUGGCUCCCUUUAGAUUCUUUGGGCUCGGCCCCGUUCGCGCUCUGCGGCCGCACCCUCGCCAUACGCAAAGCUUCGCCCGCUUUCUCUUCCCCCGUGCCGUCCGAGAUCGAUACCGUGAGCGGCUGCUGAGCUUUCAUCUCGACAUCCUUCCCCACAUCAAGCACGGCGUCCAGUCGCGCAUCCACCGUUUCAUCGUCCGGCGCCAGCGCCGGCGAGCCGACAAGGGCCGCGUCAUCGACCUCGUUGCCAGGCACGGUCGACAUCUGCUUCUUGGUCCGCCGAGGUCCCGAGCGGCCAAGGAUGGGAGGGGCCCGCGGCCGACAACACAGAUGCCUACCCUCGCAGGACUGACCACCGGCUAUGUGCCGGGAGUCGCCGCAGAUGGAUCGCAAGAGACGGGCGAGAGGGGCGAGAGGGGGUACAGGAGGCGGAAGCUUGCCGCAAUGGCCGGGAAUCUGUACAGGAGCGGGCAACAGGCCGUGACCGACCUUCGGGAAAGCUACGCGCAAUCGAGAGCCAGGGGGCCCGAUGGCGAGGCGGCGGAACCGACCGGCAGCCCGCACAUUCCGGGCGCCUUUCCCGACGUGGCCAUUGUGUCGAAUGAUGACGAGCAAAUGGUCCUCUUCCCUUCCUAUGCCAAGAGGCAUGAGAGGAAGCAUUGGUACCAAGCCACGCAAGCCGACCAGUCCCAGGUGCCGGAGGCUGGACCUGCCAAGGACGAGGAAUACUGGCGUCAGGAGUGGGAAAGGCACGAGGACGAAAAGGCCAUUGUCGAUGUCGACGUCCGCGGAUGGAUCUAUUCGCCCCAAGUUGGCCCGAUGACGAGGCGCAAUCGCAUCCUCAUCGGCCUCGCCCGCCAGCUGAGCGGGAUAUCAGCGCCCACCCGGAUGCAAGAAGAGAUGCGCGACCAAGAAAAGAUUGCCAAGGAAGCGGCCCUCAUCGAGCAGCGGGGCCAGGAAGAGAAGCGGGUAGCCUACAGCGGCGGAUACAGCGAGCAACCGCCCCCGGACAAGGGCGGCCCCAGCGUCGAUGCUGGCGGCAACACCGCCGACAGUCACGCGGCCCGCCUUGGGGAGAAGCGCAUGCCAGACUCGGGGGCUGCGAGUCCAACGCUGUCUGCCAGGAAGGGGCCGAGCGUCCACGAGCUUAGCGAGGCGGAGCUGAUUCUGGCCAACGCAAACCUCAUGGCCCGCGUCGCGCCCUUUCUGACCUACCCCCUGGUGGCCAUGCCCAUCACCAUCUUCUUCUACAACGACACAGAGUCGCAGUCGCGCACCGUCUUGACAAACGAUGCGGGCCACUUUCUCGUGCGAGCGCAGCUUGACUUUGUGCCAACCCACGUCAGGGUGCUGGCUGACGAGAGGCUGUCGGCCACGCAGCCCGUCAAGGUCACCGAACCGCACGGCGUCAGCUUGAUCAGCGACGUCGACGACACCGUCAAGCACUCCAACAUCUCGGCAGGCGCGCGCGAGAUCUUCCGCAACACCUUUGUGCGGGAGCUGGCGGAGCUCACCGUCGACGGCGUCCAGGAAUGCCCCUGGCAGCUGUUCCCCGUCCUGGCCACCUUUUUCAAGCUGGGCGGGCUGCCGCCGGGGUCGCUGCACCUGAAGCAGUACUCGGGCAUGCUGCAAGGCAUCUUUGAGCCCGUCGCAGAGAGGAAGAAGACGACCUUGAACCGCCUCAUGACGGACUUUCCGACGAGGAAGUUUCUGCUCGUGGGCGACAGCGGAGAGGCCGACCUCGAGGUUUACACGGAGCUGGCCCUGGCCAACCCAGGCCGGAUCCUGGCCAUCUUCAUCCGGGACGUGACGACGCCUCCGGAGAAGACGGGCUUUUUCGACUCUGCCGCACUCGACCUGGCUCGGCACAAGACGUCGAGCAAGACACCGGACGAUGAAGGGUCGUCGAGUAGGGCGAGCAUGAUUCGGCGGGACUCUGCACGCGGCUCAGUGAGCGGCAGCGACGACAGCUCCAGGGUCUCGACAAAGGCGACUGGGCCGGCGAUGGGGACGCUUAUCGACUUUUCCCAGGAGCCAGAGGAGAUUGGCGUCGACAAGUCUGCAGCCAUCCAGGCAGACUCGCGGCAGAAGACAUCAAGCACCACGGACUUACCCCUGGAGCGCAAGAAGCCACCGCCUCCGCGACCGGUGAAGCCGGCGGCACUCAGGAGCAGGCCAUCGUCGACUGCAGAACCUAGCCAGGCCGUUGGUCCGGGAGUGGACGGUUCAAGCCCGAGCACCGCGGCAACGCCUCCACCACCACCACCACCUCCUCGCACCAGGAAAUCUGCAGCGGGCAUCGAAGGAGGGCGCCUCCGACCGUCGUCACAACUGCAGCGAAGCUCGGGCACGCCAAAGCCGCCGCCGCCACCUCCCCGAUCUCGCGCCGCGACGCCUUCCUCGUCGAGGAACCUCAGCCCUCCCCUCUCCGUCCACCGUCGCGGGCCAUCGUCCAAUUCCGACGUGGACUUUGACCCGCUGCCGCCCCCUUCUGCGCCGGCGCCAACGUCUUUUGGAAUGAGCUACUUUUCGUCGGGCCCCCGGUCCGCUGAGACGACGCCGUCGGACUCGCCCGUGCUGGGCGCCCAGGUGGUGAACAAGAAGCUGGACCUGUGGCUGAGACGGCUUGAGAGGGCGCACGAGGAGCUGGACAAGCAGGGCGUGGCGCUGUACACAUGGCGGAAGGGCCAGGACGUGAUGGUGGAGGCUGAGGCGAUUGUCAAGGAGGCUCUGGAAGAGAUGGAGCGGGCCAAGGGCGAGGCGCAACGGAGACGAUGA